AUCUUUAUAAUAAUGCUCCCACAAUGAUCUAUGACGGUCGUGACCCGACAUGUCAAAUGCGGUAAAAUUGACAUUCUUGACUGAAACAACGAUUUUCGCUUAUUAUACCGAAAUUCCGAUGAACAUGGAAUGAUGCACCAAUAGCUGUUCUUGAAUCGCAAUGAGUGGUUGACAGGUUAACCGCAUCUAGCUGUUCUUUUGGCGCGCAAGUUUACUUAAAAUCGUUCAACUUUGUUAUUAUUGCAAAUGAUAUAGGAAUGAAACGAAAAAUGCAAACGGAUAGCUCUUCCACCAACAAUAACGCCAGUAUCGAACCGACUAAUGAAGAUUCAACUGCGGAAAAGGAGAAAUUGCUUCGAGAGAUAAAGGAUCUGAAAUGUAUAAUUGAACAAUGCGAACGGGAACUGGACACAGUACGUUUUGAAAAUGUAGAGGAACAUGUAUCCGAAUUGCAAAGGGAGACUCCAUCGCAUCCCAGGGAAAUAUCAAAUGUCGAAGUUGAUCUGCAAAAUGACCUUUACAAUUUCGCCGGUCUUCAUUGCGUCAAAUUUCGAAAGGACGAAGUUGUAUUCAACUUUACGUCGACGAGCGAGCGACAGAAGAAAGACAUUUACGCCAUACAGUUUUUCAUUAAGGAUGGAAAAGCCCACCUGGGAAAAUGGAUAAUGCCAAUGUCGAUCGAUAUGGAUGACAUGCUGACCAAAAUACCCCUCGACAAAUUGGAAAAUUUAACUCCUUUUAUAAAGAGCUGUAAACACGAUAUUGACUGUUACAUCGUUCGGCAAGAACAAUUCCUGUCAUUAAAAAAACAAAUUUCACACAUGAAGCAUUGUACUCUGCAGUCUGAUGUGGGAUAUAUGAAUAUUGUUUUAGAAUUGUAUGGUGUACACGACAGAGAAAGUGAUAGAUAUAUGAACUUAAUAAUAUACUUACUUUAUCAUUCGAAUAAAGCAAGACCACAUAAAAUUAACAUUGAUACAAUGGAAAAAGACAAGUUAAACAAUGACCUAAAACAACAAUUGAAAGUAUGCUUGAAUGAGUUCAAGAUAUCAGACUUGUCAACAGCAUUUGAUAAGAUUUUAACAGAAGAUUCUGUAUUUACAUGGAUGCGGACGAGCGACAGUGACAGUCCAUUAGAAUUGAAUGAUACCAGCAGCUGUGAAAGCCUUUUAGUAGAUUUGCAAUUGAUUCGAAAGAAGUCGCUAAGAAAAAGCAAGAGAAGACAUCAACUGCAAAAGAAAUGGAAUGAAAGAAAAAAACAAAGGAUUAUUUUAACAAAUAAUAAAUCAUCAGAUAAUGAGGAAGAUAAUCAAACAAAAGAGGCAAGGACUGAAAGUUCUCUGCAAAUUUCGAUAAAAGAGAAGAAAACAGAGCCAGUUCCAUCUACUUCAAAACAACGAACGAAAAUUUAUAAAAACCUUACAGAAGAAACACCAUUACAUAAACCUAAAACCAGAUUCAAACAAACCAAAUUGAAUUUCCAAAACAACCAGACUGCAAAUUCUGCCAGUUCUAUCAAUGAAAAUCUUUCGUUUGCAUCAAAACCACAUGAUAAACUUGAAAACCCUAAAAAGAAGCUAAAGAUAAUUCCACUAGGCACUAGUACUCCAUUACAUCGUAGUCAUAGAAGAAUAUCUUCGUCGUCUAGUCUAGAAAUUGACAAUAUCACAAAAAUCAAAGCAACAACGCGAUCUGCUGAUAAAUUUAAUAACGACUUUGAAAAUAGUCGUCUAACAAAUAAGAAAAUUAAAAGAAGGAAGACGCCAAAAUUAGUAAGUACUACUAAAUCGAUUGGAUCAUUAUCACAAUUACAAGCUGUGGAGACAAAUCAACGCUAUACGAAAAGUACAAAAAGUAAAAAUGUGAAAAAAUAAAUAUAAAAUUAUAAGAGAUAACAAAGCAUAUAUCUUGCGGUAACAAGUAUAUUU